UCCGCUUGUGGGACGCCCGCGGCCGGAUGCCCUCCGUUCGCUCCCUCCUCGGCCUCUUGGCUGCCGCGGCGGUCUGUGGCGCCUUCGCCUUCCUAGGCUACUGUGUUUACCUCGACCGGAAGCGGCGCGGGGACCCCGCGUUCAAGCGCCGCCUGCGGGACAAAAGAAGAGCCGAGCCUCAAAAGCCUGAGGAGCGGGGCACGCAGGUGCUGUGCUUUCGAUCCACGCAGUUGUGGGAUCCAGCAAAGAAUAAAAAAUUGCACGAACUUUUCUUGCAAGAGGUACGGAUGGGAGAACUUUGGUUAUCUAGAGGAGAGCAUAGAAUGGGGGUUCAACACCUCAGCAAUGCCCUUUUAGUGUGUGGGCAACCACAGGAACUUCUGAAGGUUUUCAAACACACACUCCCUCCCAAGGUAUUUGAGAUGCUGUUGCACAGAAUUCCCCUUAUUUGCCAGUUUCCAGAUAUUACAGCAAAUGUUUGUUGUUAUAGCGGCAAAGACCCAUCAGGGGUUACCUUCUGAUUAUAUCCCUGAAACCUGGAGAAGGAGAGAAGAAAUAAGCGAAUUCAAGAAUCACUGGCUUAGAUCUCGGGAAUGACUACAAUGAUGCUGUUAGAACCAGGGAACUUAAGAAUAAUGGGAGAUCUUUUCAGUCAUCAAGCUCAAACCUUUUCUGAUGCAUGAGUUUCCUUUCUGUUCUGGAAAAGUAGUUGUCCAACCUUUGCUUGAAUGUCUCCAGUAAGGCCUGAUUCUUACCUGAAAAAUGAGGUAAUAUGAUUACUAAGUCCCCUUCAAGUUCUAAUAGUCUUUUCAAUGAAAUGUAAACUUCUAUAGGCUAAUUUUUUUUUUUAAAGUUUCUUCCUUUUUAGUAAGUGAAAUUAGUUUCCUCUAGUCUGAGGUUACAAUU